CACAUCCCUUUCCCGACAUCACUGAGGAGACCGAAUUCAGUUUUAUAAGAAUGUCUCGAAACCGUGAACGCGAAGAGACAGAUAAACAGACACGUAUUGCUAUCGUUAAUUCUGAUAAAUGCAAACCAAAGCGAUGUCUACUGGAGUGCAAACGAUCAUGUCCCGUCGUCAGGAUGGGAAAGUUGUGCAUUGAAGUCGAUAAGGAAUCGAAGAUAGCAACGUUGUCAGAAGAGCUUUGCAUUGGUUGUGGUAUUUGUGUGAAGAAAUGUCCCUUUGAGGCCAUCACAAUUAUCAAUGUGCCGAGUAAUCUCGACAAGCACACAACUCAUCGCUAUUCAAAGAACUCGUUUAAACUUCAUCGACUUCCGACGCCACGUCCCGGUGAAGUUCUUGGUUUAGUCGGUCAAAAUGGUAUCGGAAAAUCGACGGCAUUGAAGAUUCUUGCUGGCAAAUUGAAACCUAAUUUAGGAAGAUUCAACGAUCCACCAGAUUGGACUGAAAUCUUAACUUAUUUCCGUGGCAAUGAGCUUCAAAACUAUUUCACGAAGAUUCUUGAAGAUGACUUGAAGGCUCUCAUCAAACCACAAUAUGUCGAUCAAAUUCCUAAAUCGGUAAAAGGAACAAUUCAAGCUCUGCUCGAUAGAAAAGACGAAAGAUCGGUUCAAGAUGAAAUCUGUAAGAUGUUGGAUUUAACACAUCUAAAAGAUCGUGAAAUUGCUGCAUUAUCAGGUGGAGAAUUGCAACGUUUCGCAUGUGCAAUGGUGUGCAUUCAAGACGGCGACAUUUUCAUGUUCGAUGAGCCUUCAUCAUAUCUCGAUGUCCGACAACGUCUCAAUUGCGCUAUCACCAUUCGCUCACUCAUUCAUCCAGAUAAAUUCAUUAUUGUCGUUGAGCACGAUUUAUCAGUUCUUGACUAUUUGUCAGACUUCAUCUGUUGCUUGUAUGGAGUUCCAGGAUGUUAUGGAGUCGUUACCAUGCCCUUCUCAGUCAGAGAAGGAAUCAACAUUUUCCUUGACGGUUACAUCCCCACAGAGAACAUGCGAUUCCGAACUGAAGCGCUGACUUUCAAAGUGUCAGAAUCUGCUUCUGAUGAAGAAAUCAAACGAACUUGUCACUACGAAUAUCCAACAAUGAAGAAAUCACUUGGAAAGUUCUCGUUGACAGUUCAAGAAGGUCAAUUUAGUGACUCGGAAAUUAUUGUUCUUCUUGGAGAAAAUGGAACUGGAAAGACGACAUUUAUUCGUAUGCUUGCUGGAAAUCUUGAACCUGAUGAAGGCUCUGAGAAACUUCCUGUUCUUCACGUAUCUUACAAACCGCAAAAAAUUUCACCGAAAAGUCAAGGACUUGUCCGACAAUUGCUACAUGAGAAGAUCCGCGAUGCUUACAUUCAUCCACAAUUCAUUGCUGAUGUUAUGAAGCCGAUGAAAAUUGAUGAAAUUAUUGAUCAAGAAGUUCAGAAUUUGUCUGGUGGUGAAUUGCAACGAGUUGCUUUGGUUCUUUGCUUAGGAAAACCAGCUGCUGUCUAUCUGAUUGAUGAACCUUCCGCUUAUCUUGAUUCAGAACAACGUUUAGUAGCUGCAAAGGUCAUUAAACGAUACAUUUUACAUGCAAAGAAAACAAGUUUCGUUGUUGAGCACGAUUUCAUCAUGGCAACUUAUUUGGCUGAUCGUGUUAUUGUAUUCGAAGGAAAUCCGUCUGUAAACACAACUGCACACACACCGGAAGCUCUUCUUAAUGGCAUGAAUCAUUUCCUUGAACUACUCGGAAUUACUUUCCGACGUGAUCCUAACAAUUUCCGGCCGAGAAUCAACAAGGAUCGAUCUGUUAAGGAUGUUGAACAAAAACGUGCUGGACAGUAUUUCUUCUUGGAAGAAUAAGAAAAUGCGACCAACAACGAUGAAUCAUUUUUACACACAAACAGUAAAUAAAGAAAUAAAUUUUUAAUUUCAA